AUGUCUCACGGCAAGAUGACGUCGUACAGCAUGGUGGUGUUGGGCGAUGGUGGCGUGGGCAAGACGGCGUUGACGCUCCAGUUGGUCCUCAAGCACUUCGUCGAGACCUACGACCCCACGAUUGAAGAGUCAUAUAAGACGCAAGUCGAUAUCGAUGGCACCUCGUGCAUGCUCGACGUACUCGACACAACCGGACAGAAAGUUUCCGCGACACUGUGGGAUGGCAUAUGUUCACGCUCGUCGUUCAUACGAAUACCAGAAUUUCACCGCCAGAUACAGAGAGUGAAGGCUGACGCGGCGGCAUCGCCCACUCCCAUUCCAAUCGUACUGGUGGGCAACAAGUGCGAUAGAGUGAUCGAAAGACAAGUUUCCACACAAGAAGGCGAGGCGCUCGCAAAGUCGCUGAAUUGUGGAUUUGUGGAGGCAUCCGCCAGGACCGGCGUCAACGUCGACUGCGCUUUCCACGACGUGGUGCGCGAGUUGCAGCAACAGCGAUUGGAUGCCCCCUUAUCCUCCAGCGAAAAGACAUCGAAGUUCGACACUACGCCUCCCACGAAGGGCAAUGAGCUGCCCUCUGACCGAGAAGAGAAGAGUCGAUACGAUCCAUUGGGCAAACGGAGAGAGCGAGCAGGCCCGUGCAACUGCGUCAUCUUGUAG